UUCUAUUCGGCAAUGGCCAAGUCGUGAGGAGCUUCCUGAUAGCGGCAAACAAAGCGAACAUGACAAAUGGAGAAUACGUGUACAUGGCGCUGGAAGUAAUGGUUAAUGAGAAAGCGUAUGGGCGAAUGCACUGGAAAUACGACAACGAAGACGAUCAGAAUGCGUUCCAAGCAUUCCAGUCUCUUCUGGUGAUGAGGCCAGCAGACAUCUAUGAAUCCCCGACGGGUAAUGCCAGAGGUAACCUGGCACACCGAUUUAUGGCUCACACGGAACGAGAUUUCAGUUACUCAUACAGCAUUGAAGACGAGCCUUUUCCACACUUGCUGAGUAGCUACUACGCAGUGACUAUAGUGGCAGAGGUUUUCAACGAUCUGCGGUCUGAUGGGGAAGACCACCCGUACCAGGAUGGUGCGUAUUUGGCCCGACAGUUCUUUAAUCGUACCUUCGAUUGUAACAUCAGCCAAAUCUACAUGGACAAGAACGGAAACAGGCAAAUCGAUUCAUAUGUUUGGAGAUUUGACGAAAACGGCACGCAAAAGGCAGUUGAAAUUAUAGAACUUUUAAAGAGCAAAUCAUAA